AUGGAUUUCGACUUAGACUUACUUACAGGCUUGCAGAUUUUGAGCCAAAAGACUCCUAUGUCAGUAACAAAUGGACCCACGAAACGAGCCUCCGUCGCCGUAAUCCUUGCUACAGACCCUCCUCAAAAAACUUCUUCCCCUUAUUGGAUUCAUCAAAUUCCUUCUAAUGUCGUUCCUCAUGUCCUAUUAAUCCAGAGAUCUUUCCGUGAAAAAGACCGAUGGUCUGGUCACGUUGCUUUGCCUGGUGGCAUCCGUGAAGCAGAUGAUAAAUCUGACGUCCAUACUGCUAUACGCGAAACAAACGAAGAAGUUGGCAUUGAUCUUUGCGAGCAAGGGGCUUAUUUUGCCGGCUCUUUAGAUGAACGAAUCGUUUCUUCCAAUUGGGGUAGUACUCCUUUAAUAUUGCUUUCUUCUUUCGUUUUCGUCUUACCCAAUCUUUGUGAAUUACACCUUGAUGAGAAAGAAGUGUUUUCUGCCCAAUGGAUCCCUCUCACCGACCUUUUACGCCCAAAAUAUUUUACCUAUAUAAAAGUUGAUCCCUCUCGGGCUAUUGCAAACCAGACCAUACCUUCUUUGCAGCCUUUUUUGCAAUUCUUUGUUGGCAAACUAGUUUAUUCAGCAAUUCGUUUGGAACCUCAGAUAGAUUCACCAGCUCUUCUGCUUCCUAUCAACAAAAGACCUUUGUUAUGGGGUAUUACACAUAGCAUAUUCGUCGACUUAUUUGUUUUCUUUUCCCCUUCUUCUGCGAAAUCCUGCAUUAUAUGGACUUUGCCAUACUUUCAACAUUACGACUUGCGAGUUAUUACAAGUUUAAUAUCAUGGAAUUACAAAAGAAGAAUGUCUAGUAGAUAUCCUCAUGGCAAUUGGGCUAUAACAACACUUAAUGGAUACUACAAAUAUUUAAAACUGACUUUAAUCAUUGGGUUUCUGUUCCGUAUUACUCUGUUUUGCUUUCUGCUUUCUAAUUUAUUAAACAUGAACAUAGCCACGUUCUAUAAAUAA